AUGCAAAAACAUACAUUAUUCAGAUUAAAAACAUUACAUAGAUAUAUUUCUUCGACUUCAGCAUCUUUUGCACGUAAUAAACCUGGUUCAGGGGGGUUGGGUAAACGAAGAGAUCCUGAAGCUGAAUUAUAUGAUAUUGACAAAAUGCCAGAGUACAAAUUUGACGCUAUAACCAAGCCCGGAUAUGAUAUUUUAUUAGCUCAACGAGAGGUCAGAAAUUAUCUGAGAAUAACAAAAUUCGAAUUGCCUCAACUUUCAGUAUUCGCAGAAAAAUUUACUCCAUCCCCACCAACUUCAAUUCUUUGUUUUAAAAAUUCAUAUUACGUAGGAGAAUCUUCGCCAUUACAAAACAAAGUAGUUCUUACCAUAAAAUUCUGUGAUAUUAAAGCGCUACUUACACCUAAACAACUACAUAAAUUUGUUAUAUUAUGUGGUCCUAGAUUUAAUGGAGUAGAAUUUAAAUUUUCUUGUGAUAAAUUUCCUCAUAUUAAUCAAAAUAAAAAAUAUUUGAGCGAUUUGGUUGACAAACUUUUGGAGGAAUCCAAGAAUGAGGAAGAUAUGUUUGAGGACAUACCAAUGGACACAAGACAUAUAGAAAAAAAAUCAAAGAAAAAGAAAUUACAAGGUCUUAAGUUUCCAGUGGAAUGGUACAGACCAAAGCAACAAAUAGAGCAACAAGCGGAAUUACUUGAUCGGGUUGAUCGGACAACUUUAACGACUACUACAACAACCGGAAACAAUAAUUUAUCGACAGAGAGUAGAAAAAUAGUAGAGACCAUUAGCAUAGAGAUUAAAUAG